AUUAUCUCUCUUAACUGGAGAAGUGAAAUGUAUGAGAAUUAAACGUUCUACAACAAACGUUCAGUUUGAAGCACUAACUGCCAAUGGACACACCUGUUAUGCGUUUACAUAUCAAGGCGUGACAUAUUCAGCGGGUACCUGUACAGAUGUUGAUGGUUAUGGACAAUACUGGUGUGCAAUUACAAAUGUACCAAAUGGUGUUUAUAUUGGGGCCGCUGGUCAGGGAAAUUGGGAUUAUUGCGUUGUCAAAAAAGCUUCAACUACAGCAACAACCACAGCUGCCCAGUCUGGACUGACAACCAUCAAUGGACAUACCUGUCACAUUCCAUUUCUAUAUCAAGGCGUGACGUAUACACGCUGUACAAGUGUUGACGGUAAUGGACAAUACUGGUGUGCAACUGCUGAUGUACCAAAUGGUGUUUAUGUUGGUGCGGCUGGUCUGGGAAACUGGGAUUGGUGUCAAUAAUACUGUUAUUCAUUGCAAAAAAUGUCUAUGGUCAUUACUUUUUAAACUAUCUGAUGGAUUUUUAAAAUUUAGCUGCAGCUGUUAAUAUAAGUACAGUGCAGUCUUUCAGCACACAGUAGUAGUAAUUGAUUUUUGUAAAACGGUUAACAAGUAAAUAAAUGAACAUAAUGUUGAAGUAACUUGGAAAA